GCUCGAACUAGCUGUCCUGUUUCAUUCAACAACCCUUGACGCUGCUCGAUCCCAGCUGACUAUUGGCUCAGGUACUGUGAAGACACAUUGUCAGGGCGGUUUUGUCGAGACAUAGAGAAUAAUACUGUGGUGCGAGAGCAUUUGUUUCCGCAGGGACAAUUGGCCUCGGCUGUUUCCGAGUGUUCAAGUGCGGGCGACCGAUCUUGCGCGAAAUCGGUGGUCCUGAUCUGCAUAUUCCUGGCAGAGAGACCGUAGGGCCAGGAAAAGAGGUUUAUUGAACAGAGGCGGGAGCAGAGGAAGGAAGGGAAGGGAAAGACAGAGGAGGUGAAAGACGAAGAGGAGAGGAUCUAUUGAUCGGUGCGCAGGAGAAGGUCGAAGCAAGCUCAACCCACAUCAUCAUCAUUUCAACCACCAACUUCAACGAGAUCGCCUGAGGAGAGACGAGACGACGAGAUCACACACAAUACUAUCACCGUCCUUUUCUUUCUGUCCCAUGACAUCUCGCCACCAUGCCCUCCUCCCAAGAACCACCCCCUGAGCCCGCGUCGGCUACGACGACACCGCUGCCCCAUGGGACCGAGCACAUCGCACUGAUCGGCGUCGGCGCUAUAGGCAUCUCCUUCCUGGCGCUGCACUUGACCUACACGGCCGCGCGGGUGUCGGUGUUCGACCCGCGCCCGGACCUGCAGGAGCACGUCGCCGCCAUCUUGCCUCUAUAUCUCCCGUCGACGUCGUCGUCCGCAGGUGCCGAGGAGUCCCGUCCUGAGCUCUCGAUCGAGCAGCUCGCGGCGUCGGGCCGGCUGAGGUUCUGCACCUCGCUGCGCGACGCCGUGCAGCACGCGACGGUCGUGCAGGAGCAGGGGCCCGAGAACCUGCAGUUCAAGCAGCGGACAUGGUCCGAGGUGCUGCGCUACGUGAGCCCCGCGACGCAUCUGUGGUCGUCGACGAGCGGGAUCCCCGCGAGCCAGCAACUCGCGCACCUCGACGCCGCGAGUCCUGCGCUCUCAGAGGAGGCCAUCGCCGCGGCCCGCGCGCGCCUGCUGAUCGUGCACCCGUUCAACCCGCCGCACCUGAUGCCGCUGCUCGAGCUGGUGCCGUCGGCACACACGUCGGGGCCCGAGACCGCGUUCGCGCGGGCGUACUUUGGCGCGCUGGGCUCGAUCCACCGCCCCAUCACCGUGCACAAGGAGACGGCGGGCUUCGUGGCCAACCGCCUGUCGUUCAUCCUGUUCCGCGAGGCGUGCCACCUGGUGCAGGCGGGCGUGUGCUCCGUGGCGGACCUGGACGAGAUCGUGCGCGCCAGCCUGGGCCCGCGCUGGGCCGUCGCGGGGCCCUUCAAGAUGUACAACUUCGGCGGCGGCCCGCGCGGCAUGCGCGGCUUCCUCGACAACAUCGGCGAGAGCAUCGACGGCGUCUGGAAGGAUGCCGGCGAACUCAGUAUGGAUGACGACGCCACGGGCGGUUGGAAGGAUACCGUCGUCGAGCAGACCGCCGCGGCGUACGGCGUGCCCACCGCGGAGGAGAUUAGGAAGAGGGACAGGGGGCUGAAGGCGGUCGUGAGGGUCCAGGAGGAGCUGGAGCAGGGAGAGGGACAGGCCAUGCCAUGAGAACAGGGCAAGCAAAAAUCCGGAUCUACCCAGAGAGACGGGCAUAGAUGGAGCAAUUGAAACCGAAAAAAAAAAUACGUCCAGAGACAGUCAGCGUCAGAUGGACAUCGCGACCACGAGGAAACAAAACACCAAAGAGAGCGACGCAGUUGACUCGAAUAUUCAAAACGUUGAUACGGAUGGAACUCUGCCUCUCUGUUGUGGUCUGAUCUGUCCUAGUUUGCUCGACCUUCCCUGUUUCAACGGGUUUUCAGUACAAUAUCUAGAUCCUCAAACACUUUGUUCUGGUUUCCAUUUUUC